CCAAUAACAUACACACUCACACACUCAUCCCCCGGUCCAAAACAAAGCGUCCGUGCGAGACGCUGCAAAGAGAUUAUUGUAACAAAACUUAAUUAUUUACUUGGUUGCUUUUUCCUUUAGUUCCGAUUUGAUGUAAACUUGUUAGCUGUAGGUUACAUUGGUAGGUGUGCUGGAUUUGCAGACUCGACAGACGACGGUGAACGGUUUCAAUGCGCUGCUCCUGGUAGGAUUUGUAUCGUGUUGGUAGGUUGGUUUGUGCGAAAGCAGGAACCAAUUUCUCUGGCCCGACAAAAUCGCACGAUGAAGCGUAACCACUGGGGCAAGCUGGCGGACGGGUCGGACGACCGGAAGGAGCUGGAUGCGAACGAUCUCGUGCUGACGAUGAGCAAGAUGGACAAAUUCCAGCAGAUCAAGCUGCCGUACACCAUCACCAGAGAGAAGCGUGUACCUCUAAAGAACCCGCUCGUCACGCAAACGGUGGAGGUGAUGAAGCAGACCGAAAUGAUCCAAACGCUCAUCGACACGUACUCCACCAAGUCGGGCUGCAACUACAUACUGAACCCGUGCCAGCUGAUGCCGACCGUCCACUUUCCCGCGAGCAACGUGGUCGACCUGACGCGGAUGGAGAAGAUCACGCGCCCGUUCUGGUUCGUGCUGCCGGACGAGACGCCCUUUACGCGGGGCGACCGGCGCAACUACGUGAAGCUGUCGAAGCCGGUCGUGCUGCAGGCGCUGCGGAAGGCGGCCUGCGGCCUGCUGUGCAUGGAGGGCUUCUCGGAGAUAAACGAGUCGGCGCUGAUCAUGAUAGUGGACGGGCUGGACCAGUACCUGCGGCUGCUGACGAGCGCGCUCCGGUCGGCCCGGUCCGAGCAGGACGAGGAGAUUGGGCCGGUGCCGACGCUCGCGAUGGUGCAGCGCAUGUGCCACGGUAUCGGGCGGGCCCCGGUCUACCAGCUGCACAACUACUACAAAAAGCUGAUGACCAAAAACCGGGACGAGGUGCGGGAGUUCAAGGACAUCUACCAGGAGUACGACCGGCUGCUGCAGGAGAACCAGCUGUCGGUGCAGAACAUGCAGAAGCUGGGCGACCUGAAGGAGGAGGACUACAUGAGCUUUCUCGAUCCGCAGUCGCACUCGUCGAACGGCACGACCAUGGACGGGACGGCGAUGAACAUUAUCAACUUCAUCAACGGCGAAACGGUUAAUGGUUUCAAGGACAUUCUCGAGGGUGAGCUGCUGGAGAACAGCAGCACGCAGGACUCCUCCGAUCAGAUGCAGAACCAGCAGUUCUAUCAGGCCGAUUCUUCGUCACAGGGCGGGUUUGCCCCUUCCGGACCGAUGUAGCAGUGCGCCGAGCAGCCGCCGAAGCAACGCUUUGCAUUCUAGAAUGGCAUUGGAAAUAGAAAGAAGUAAGUGACGGGGAAAACGUGUGGCUUUAGAAACAUACGAGCAGCUGGUUCCAAAAUGCAGCUGCUGGAAGCAAUCGAGCGAAUCAAUAGAAGCAUGGAGUCUGUAUAGAAGUACAGGCGGUCCCCGAGAUACACGGUACCUCUUAUACGCGGAUUCGGAGAUACGCGGUUUUCUAAAUUUGACAAUUCUUUGAGCAAAUUGUACUGAUUUGACACAUCAAUUUCAAAUUGCCAAAUAAUUUCCGUUUUGAUCGAAUGUUAAAAACUAUUUCAAAAGUUUUAAAACAGUUAUAUUCAGUCAGAAUCAAAUCAAAUAAUUCAUAAAGUGACUAAAACCGCCUCCUACUUGCAAAAUUACACGAAAAUUAGUGAUAUUUUAGCUGGAAAUCACGAGAUUCGACUUACGCGGAAAUUCGAGAUACGCGAUAUUUUGCGGCCGUUUUCGGUCCCCAUUAACCGUGUAUCUCGGGGACCGCCUGUAAAUUAGUUUCGCUUUUGCAUCCCAUUAGCAGAAGCAGCUUUUAAGAAGAGAAAAUCAGUACGAAACAUGACAAGCAAAGUACUACGAUUUGUUACAUAGGGGAGCGGGUUAGUUUAACUUUUGUUAUGUAACGCAAAAUAUAGUUUUUAUUUUUUAUUUUUUUCGAAUAAUCGAUGGUCGUAAUUUUAAAAAUAAAUCGUAAAAAGCGGCCGAAACUCUUGCAAA